GGGGAAUGGAGUCUAUAACUCCUUACCGAACCAAUAGACAAGCGCAUGUACAUGGAAACCUCAGGUCACCGUUGGCACAAGACAUACAGAAGGCGGAUGAGUUUCUUCGCGCGAACGCGAUCAACAAGCUGCAGGUGAUAGCCGAGCAGGUACGGAGGCUCCAGGAGCAAGCGCGCAUCGUACUCCGAGAAUCACGCCGCGACAUGGACCUCCAUCAUGCAGCCUGCAACUUCCGGAAGAUUCCCGGGACCAUCUACCACCUGUACAGGCGGCCGUCGGGACAGACGUACUUCUCCUUGCUCUCCGCUCACGAAUGGGGAGCGAGUUGUCCACACGAGUAUCUGGGAUCGUACAAACUACAAUAUGAUAUGUCCUGGACUCCGGAAGAGAAAGUGGAAGAGAAGGAAAAGGAGUUGAAUAUUCUAAACAACAUCAUGACGGCUCAGUUUGCUAUAACCGACUCCUCGGGUCCUAACAUAGACAGUCUCGUACAGGAUUGUUAGCACAUACCAACAGCCACAGGUUUCCUACGCGACAAUUCAUCUGAUUUAUGGCUCUUAGCUCAUGUAGGCCU